UUCCCCAAACCUCCUCACACUGAACGCGGACUGCAGCUUCAGCAGCAGCAAUAGCUCUCCAUGUGUGAGGAAGCUUUCUUCUUAAUCAGAGGUUCUGAACGGAAACCAAUCAGACAGAGGGUACCUUUGGCUUCGGUUUCCUAGCUGCCUAAGUUAAAAGUGAUGCAGGGAGAGGGAGAGGGAGAGGGAGAGAGGAAGCCCUGAGUACAGACAGCACGGGAGCUAACUGUAAUAGGCAGAGGAGAGGAAGGGAACGGCACCAGAGCAGCCGUGGACAGCGGCACCGCAGUUGUAAGCACAGCGACGUUCGCUCUCACCGGGGAAGAAGCUCUUUUGAAAAAGGAAUACAACUUUACUUGGACAGGAACCUUCUGGCUGAAACAAGAGUGAUAUUGAGCCUAGGAGGCACACAUGAUGAGAACUUGCUACUUCUUGUUGUUCCUGCUGUGGGCUUGCAUAUUUCAUGAAAUUCACUCUUCACCAUCACCAAAAAGGACAAAUAUGUAUUUGCAAGCUGAAAGGAUCAUGGGGCAGUCUAAGGAUCAUGGGAAAGCAUUACAUCGUAGCAAGCGUGGCUGGAUGUGGAAUCAGUUUUUUUUACUGGAGGAGUACACUGGUCCGGAUACUCAAUACGUGGGCAAGCUACACACUGACCAAGAUAAAGGAGAUGGAAAUUUAAAAUACAUAUUAACAGGAGAUGGGGCUGGCAGUCUGUUCGUUAUAGAUGAAAAUACAGGAGAUAUUCAUGCAGCAAAAAAGCUGGACAGAGAAGAAAAAUCUCUGUAUAUUCUACGUGCCAAGGCUAUAGACCGAAAGACUGGAAGACAAGUGGAGCCAGAGUCGGAAUUUAUCAUUAAAAUCCAUGAUAUAAAUGACAAUGAACCUAAAUUUACCAAGGACAUUUACACUGCCAGUGUCCCUGAAAAAUCUGUAGUUGGCACUUCUGUUAUCCAAGUGACAGCUACAGAUGCUGACGAUGCUAACUACGGCAACAGUGCCAAAGUCGUUUAUAGCAUCCUCCAGGGUCAGCCGUACUUUUCUGUGGAUCCAGAAACAGGUGUCAUCAAGACUGCUUUACCAGAUAUGAGCAGAGAAAAUCGAGAGCAAUACCAAGUGGUCAUCCAGGCAAAAGACAUGGGAGGCCAGAUGGGCGGAUUAUCAGGAACUACCACCGUGAACAUCACGCUGACCGAUGUCAAUGACAAUCCACCUCGAUUCCCCCAGAGCACAUAUCAAUUCAGCACUCUGGAGUCUGCACCACUCGGGACUUCACUCGGCAGAAUAAAAGCCAAUGACCCUGAUGUGGGUGAAAAUGCUGAGAUUGAGUAUAGUAUUGCUGACAGCGAUGGAUCGGACAUGUUUGAUAUCAUCACUGACAAGGACACACAGGAAGGGAUUAUAACUGUCAAAAAGCAAUUAGAUUUUGAAAAGAAGACUCUAUACACCCUAAAAGUGGAGGCAACCAACACUCAUCCUGAUCCAAGGUUUUUCUAUAUGGGAUCAUUUAAGGACGCCGCUUUGGUCAAAGUUUAUGUGGAAGAUAUAGACGAACCACCAGUGUUUAGCAUACUUUCUAAUCUGAUAGAAGUAGAUGAAGAUGCCAAAGAAGGAAGCAUCAUUGGGCAAGUAAUAGCUCAGGAUCCAGAUGCAGCAAAGAACAUGAUAAAAUAUUCUCUAGAUCGGCACACUGAUUUGGACAGAAUAUUUAACAUCCACUCAGGAAAUGGGUCCAUAUUUGUCUCAAAGACACUUGACCGAGAGGCAGCCCCGUGGCACAACCUCACUGUCAUAGCAACUGAAAUGAGCAACCCCAAACAAAGUACCCAGGCACCUAUCUUCAUCAGGAUUUUAGAUAUAAAUGAUCAUGCACCAGAAUUUGCCAAAUACUAUGAAACCUUUGUUUGUGAAAAUGCAAAAGCAGGGCAGCUCAUACAAACUGUUAGUGCAAUGGACAAAGAUGAACCUGCUCGUGGACACAAAUUUUUUUUUGAACUGGUGCCAGAAUAUACAGUCCAUCCAAACUUCUCUAUCAUAGACAACAAAGAUAACACAGCAGGAGUUAUAACAAGAAGGAAUGGAUAUAGCCGCAAUAAAAUGAGCACCUAUCUCUUGCCCGUGAUAAUAUUUGACAAUGACUACCCCAUCCAGAGUAGCACUGGCACCCUGACUAUCAGAGUGUGUGCCUGUGACAGCCAGGGAAACAUGCAGUCCUGUAAUGCUGAAGCUUUGCUCCUUCCAGCGGGCCUGAGCACAGGAGCACUCAUUGCCAUUCUGCUCUGCAUUAUUAUUCUCCUGGUUCUAGUUGUGCUGUUUGCAGCAAUGAAACGGCAAAGGAAGAAAGAGCCCUUGAUUGUUUCCAAGGAUGAUGUCCGAGACAACAUUGUGACCUACAAUGAUGAAGGAGGUGGGGAAGAAGAUACCCAAGCCUUUGACAUUGGCACACUAAGAAAUCCGGAAGCCAGAGAAGAAAACAAAAUGAGAAGAGAUGUGAUGCCAGAAACAAUUUUCCAGAUAAGAAGGACUGCACCUUUGUGGGAAAACAUUGAUGUCCAAGACUUUAUCCAUCGGAGGCUAAAGGAAAAUGAUCUGGAUCCAACUGCACCUCCUUAUGAUUCUCUAGCAACAUAUGCUUAUGAAGGGAAUGAUUCGAUAGCAAAUUCCCUUAGCUCUUUGGAAUCACUUACUACAGAAAGCAACCAAGAUUAUGAUUACCUCAGCGACUGGGGUCCUCGGUUUAAAAAGUUAGCAGAUAUGUAUGGCGGAGAUGGAAGUGACCAAGACUGACAUUCCAGUCCAGUGGUUCCAGUGCAUAGAGUUCUAUGGGAGCAAGGGCUCCCCCAUUCUUCUCAAUGACAAUGUUUCUGUGCAAACAGCCCAAUACAUGUGCAGAGUAUGCCUUGACAUUAAAGAGAAUGGCAGCAGCCCUGCGUGGUGCGGGGGGUGGAGCCCUCCAUGGAGAUCAAUGAGCAUUGGAUCACAGCCCAAGAAUAGCAUUUCUUUACUUGGUCAGUGUUCAUGGGAUUUAAUGCCUCUGUAACUAGAUAAAAGUGGCCUACAUUCUCUUACUUGGAGAAAUACAAAAAAUAGGUGUUUGUCUUAGUAAGGGUUUGCUUAAUAAGUCAAUGUGAAUGAAAAUGAUUAGUUUUUCUUUUUUUAAAAAAUACACUCACCCUCUCUGCCUAAGAAGUUGAAAAGAAGAUAUUCAGCACUUAUGAAAAUACACCUAAAAAGGCUUUUUGUGCCUUUAAUAUGUUGGGAAAUUUAACUUUUUUUAAAGGAACGCUUUGCUUCACUUUCCUACUAUUUGGGACAAUAUCUACCCAUGUUAUAACAUAAUCUGACUACACCUUAAAAAUAAGAAUGAAUAUACUGCCAUAUUUAUUGAGUAAAAGAAUGUCUCUGUGUUGAUUCAUGAUAUUUUUAUAUAUGUAUAUUUAUAUUUUUGUAUUUUUAUUAAAUAAAUUAGUAUUUAUAAAUAGA